AUGGAGAGCAGGGAAGCAGCCCCGAUCUAUGGGUGCAAAGAGGACAUUCUUCACAACAUUCUGGACAGACUACCAGCCUCAACCUUCGCAAAUGCCGCUUGUGUCAGCAAAACUUGGCAUCGAAUCUGCUCUCAUUUCCUCUCACGUCCCAUGCUUGCUUCAGCCCUUUCAUUGAAUCCUUCUCUUCUUGGGGCUGUUGAAGAGGUCACUGAGAAGGUUCUGAGCAAGCCAAUUCGUCCACACUUUGCCAUAGCUUGCAUCAGUGAACAAUUCGGCUUAAGAGCCGCUCACCUUCUUUUGAGUCAAAGGCUGGGAAGCAAGACUCCUUUAGUCACUCACAUUGGGAAUGGAGUGAUGGGAACGGAAGCUCUCACAAAUCAACUUCGAGAAGUGAAAUGGGAUUACUUUGAUUACGAAGGCCCUCAUCCUCGCGAGGCUAAUGGAUUUAGUGAUGUUAAUCGAGGCAUGGUUUUGGUGGUUGGAUAUGUUCCUGGUCUCAAAGUGGAUGCAAUACCGUUGAUUCACCCAAAGAAUGAUCCUGGAAUCAGCAUGGUUGAUGAGUUCGUGAGACACAUCAAGGCCUUUGCUUACUCUGUCUUUGGAAAUCACCCACCUGCUGCUAUCAUAAUAUUUGGAGAUCGUAAAAGUGACAUUAACGACAUUAUGGCAACAAUGGAUCAAGCAAUAGGAAAAGAAACAGUGAUGGCUGGGGAUGGUGGAGGCUGCUUUCUGUUCAACAGUCAGAAUUACACAAUUAAUCUUCCUCCUGAUUUAUACGCACUCGAUGCCAUCGCCCUCGUAUUCGCCAAAGACAGUCACAAGUCUCCUGACGUAGGAGAGACUAGGUUUCAUGUGGCAAUGGCAGGGGGUUUAGUGCCAUUUGGGCCAAGGUUUGAGGUGAUCGAUGUACUCGUCAAAGGUGACAUCAAAUGGACUUGCUUCUCUGCUCUCAUGGAAGGAUUCAAUACGAUAUUGACUUUUGAGGCCGUCAUAGAAACCCUCCUUGAAACGGUAUAUAUAUGUUCAAAUACUCAUACCACCCCACUCUUCUUCUUCUUCUUAUAUAUGAUCUUAAAGUGA